AUGCAGAAGAUAUGGGAGUGGAUAGUGGACAAAAAGACGAAUACGAUCAGGAAGUGGAGGUCGUCGAACAUCCGCAGAAACAACACCGAACCGGACGAUCUCGCAGGUUCGCGCUCCUCCACUUUCCGCCUGUUCCACACUUUUCCUUGUAGCGUUCCGGAAUGGGAAACGGAAGUCGUACUCUGCGGGAAGCAUCACUUCUUCUUCGACGACAACCAAAAAGAACCCCGACUUUGAGAACUUCUUCGAAGAGCCGCAGAUAAAAGUGAUGCUCGAGUCGCGGAGGGAAUCCUUUCUACGCAAUUCCACGUCCGCAGAAGUGUUUCCCGUUGCUCCGCCGGAUUUGGAAGCCGUGCUCGAGAGAUCAAAGUCAGUUUGGGAUCGUAUAUCCAAGGGCAACCGAAAUCUCAUUAGAUUCAUUGAGACGAAGCGGAGAGCACUUAUUAUUUUUAUUAUUGCUAUUCCCUUCAUUUUCCAGCAAAAACACGCCGAACCCGACGCCGCGGACCGUCAGAAAACAGCUGCGAUUCGAGAUUCCCGAGGUACCGCCCCUCCGUGCUCUUCCACACAUUACUCUAUCUCUAUCUCUCUCUCUUUCGUUUCCAGGUGCAAAUUUCAUUCGAAACAAACGAGCCCCGAAGAGUGACUUUCGAAGCCGCUUCCUCCAUCGUUCCUCCUCCAGAAAUCGACUGGGAUUCGCCUCCGAGAAUGAACACUGUGCCUGAAGUGGAGCCUGUUCUGUGCUUCGACGACGAAGUCUCCGUGAGCACUCGCCGUCUCUCGGCCAGCGAGAAAGCCAGGCAGAGUGUGAUAGCGCAGAGGAGGCAGAGCAAUGUGCAGGUACGGAUCCGUCGUUCGCGAUGAUUCCAAAACAAAACAAUAUUUGAGUUGGUGCAGUCAAUGAGCGGACGAACGACGACGACGACGCUCAUUCCGCUGACGUGUGCUCAGAUUCAUUUGGUGAGAGCACUGUGGAGGCAGGUGUACACGACGAAGGGACCGACGGUCAUCGGAGCGAGCAUCUACCACAGACUGUGUUUCAAGAACCUCAUGGUUGGGGAACACGAUGGAAAUGAUUGGAAAACUCGAUUUUCAGGUGAAGGAGCAGAUGAAACAAGUGGAAUUGCCGCCAAAGUUUCAAAACAGAGACAAUUUCGUGAAGGCGCACUGCAAAGCGAUGGCCGAGUUGAUAGACCAAGUCGUCGAGAACCUGGAUCAUCUCGACAAUGUGACUCAGGAAUUGAUGAGGAUUGGAAGAGUGCACGCGAAAGUGUUACGGGGAGAAUUGACCGGAAAACUGUGGAAUACGGUAGCAGAGACAAUAAUCGACUGCACACUCGAGUGGGGAGACAGAAGGUGAGCCAGAGAAGGAAAGAAGGAGAAGGGAACGGAAGAGAAAGUUCAGGUGUCGGAGUGAGACGGUUCGGAAGGCGUGGGCACUCAUUGUGGCGUUUGUGAUCGAGAAGAUAAAAGCGGGACAUCAUGAACAGGUGAGCAAGCGAACUGGGAGCAGCAGAAAGAUUGGGAACAUUUCAGAGGAAGCUGAUGUUGGCCACGCGACAGUCACUUCCGUCCAUCCGAAUGCCCUCGAUGGAUCGCUUCUCAUAA